CCCCCGUGCCGUGUAGAGGCGAAUGCGGCGCUGCAAGGAGGCAGACCCCGAGACUUCAGCCCCCCUGUUGAACACUAAAAUAACACUUAUUUCGUCCCUUACCAGCGUCUUCUGAGGAUUAACAUUCAGCGCUGACUCUGUAGGAUGCAGAGACCAUCUGGUUGGUAGAUGCCUGCAGGCUGUCAAUGUGUGGUGUUCCUGGAGACUGUCUUUAAGGAGAAGUGUUUGGGGUGAGCCGCUGACCGCCCUGCGAGCCGGACCCGGCGUCCUAUCUCUGAUCUCCUGCCAAGGAGACAGCAGUUGCUGCACACUCUACACCUGACCCCCAUCCCCACCCCGUCCUGUCUCGUCCCUGCUGCCAACAUGGUGCUGUCACAGAGGCAACGUGACGAGCUAAACCGAGCGAUAGCUGAUUACCUUCGUUCCAAUGGAUAUGAAGAGGCAUAUUCAGUUUUCAAAAAGGAGGCGGAAUUAGACAUGAAUGAAGAAUUGGAUAAGAAAUAUGCAGGUCUCUUGGAAAAGAAAUGGACUUCAGUCAUCAGAUUACAGAAAAAGGUGAUGGAGUUAGAAUCAAAACUGAAUGAAGCAAAAGAGGAGAUUAAUAUAGGUGGGCCAAUUGGACAGAAGCGAGACCCCAAAGAAUGGAUCCCCCGUCCUCCUGAGAAAUACGCUCUGAGCGGCCACAGGAGUCCCGUCACCAGAGUCAUUUUCCAUCCUGUUUUCAGCGUCAUAGUUUCUGCCUCAGAGGACGCAACAAUAAAGGUAUGGGAUCAUGAAACUGGAGAUUUUGAAAGGACCCUCAAGGGCCACACAGACUCUGUGCAGGACAUUUCCUUUGACCACACUGGAAAGCUGCUAGCCUCCUGUUCAGCGGAUAUGACCAUCAAGCUCUGGGACUUCCAGGGCUUCGAGUGUAUCAGGACCAUGCACGGGCACGACCAUAAUGUUUCAUCUGUAGCUAUUAUGCCCAAUGGAGAUCACAUAGUUUCUGCCUCAAGGGAUAAAACCAUUAAAAUGUGGGAGGUUGCGACUGGGUACUGUGUUAAGACAUUCACCGGACACAGAGAGUGGGUCCGCAUGGUGCGGCCUAACCAGGACGGAACCCUGAUUGCCAGUAGUUCUAAUGACCAGACGGUGCGUGUUUGGGUGGUGGCCACAAAAGAAUGUAAGGCGGAGCUGCGUGAGCAUGAGCAUGUGGUGGAGUGCAUUUCUUGGGCCCCUGAAAGUGCCCAUCCCACCAUCCUGGAGGCCACUGGCUCAGAGACCAAGAAGAGCGGGAAACCUGGUCCUUUCCUUUUGUCUGGUUCCAGAGAUAAGACUAUCAAGAUGUGGGAUGUGAGCAUUGGCAUGUGCCUUAUGACACUGGUUGGCCAUGAUAACUGGGUGCGUGGGGUGCUUGUGCACCCUGGAGGAAAGUACAUUGUGAGCUGUGCUGAUGACAAGACUUUGAGGAUCUGGGACUACAAAAACAAGCGCUGCACGAAGACCUUGAGUGCCCACGAACAUUUUGUUACCUCUCUGGAUUUCCACAAGACCGCGCCGUACGUCGUCACCGGGAGCGUAGAUCAAACAGUAAAAGUGUGGGAAUGUCGCUGAUCAUACCCGCCAGGACCCUUCACAACACAACCAUGCUCCCCUCCACCCCCCUGGACCCAUUCCACUUCCCCCUCAGCUUCCUCCUGCUCUUCUGGAUGCACUCGAACACCACGGUCAUCACCCACGAGCUCCGGUUCAAUAACGUGUCCUUUUAUGUAAAUUAUUCUGGAUGUAGAUCGAGCUAUUAAAUGAAAAAAAAAAAAAGUAUUCUUGCAUGGUGAAUCCAAAACUGUAUACUGUAAAUUUACAUAAUGUUGUCUAGAAGUACCAUAGGUUUAACACGGGCUGAUCUUUCAAUCAGCCUGACCUACCGAAGGCAGAAGCUGAUUGGGUUAAAUGUAGGGCACUAAACUGAUAAUUUAAUGACAGUGUCUGAUUUAUAUUUGUUUAUUUUAUUUAGUUUAUUUUGUUUUUGUUUUCCACUGUCUUAGUCUGUUUGUGCCUAGUUUGGAGACCUUUCAAGGGGCAAAGGCUACAGAAGGAAUCUAUAAAUGCUGAGGUGGAGAGUUGAUCUGGGGCUUGUUAUCGGAGUUAUUCUGUAGCUUUGUUACAUCACUUCUGGAGUGUACUUAUACCAUUCUCUUCUCUUGUGGAUUUAGAUAACAUUUAACGGUUGCAUCUAAGAACGUUUUCAUGUGUUUUGUCUGGAGACCUUUGGGAAUAAAUCUUUGUACGCUUGUCAUGACACGUCCUACUGAGAAGUACAAUCCCAGAGACAUGACUUUACACUGUAAGAGAGAAUCCUGCUUAAUUCUAGGAGUGAAUUUGUACAAAAAAAGCAUUGUUGCAUAUAGAGGGCAGCAAGAGUUUUAUGUUUCUUUUUUUCCCGCCCCGAAUCGAAGAUAGCUUUAGUAACGAUUUUGGUCACUCAGGAGCACUUCAAACUUAAACAUUGCCUCUACAAAGCACUUGAAUUGGCCAUCAGAGUUUGCAUUCAGAUGAAGACGUCCUGAUUCUUCCUUUCGAUGCUUAAUAAUCUCCUUGCCUCUAUGGCAGUUGUGCUGAGACUAAGAAAUCGCAAGCCUCAGUUUGGACCCAAGGUGUAAAGCAUGACAAGGGCUCAAAGUUUCCCCUUAUCAAGGGGGAUGUGCAAAAAUCCUAUAAGAAUGGAUGCAAAGAUUUCUAUGGUGACACAAAAAAUGAUCGGGGUUACUGUGGGAAGCUCAAUCUACAAGUCUCGAAGCUACAAACUUAACCAUCUGCCUGUUCUCUCUCUGUGGAGUGUGAAUCCUGUUGUAAAGGGAUCUUCAUACUGUGGCCGAAUAUCCCUAAUAUAACCACAGGUGCUCAAGCCAUUACUUAAGUGUGACGAGUGGCACACACUCUGCUAUAUCUGUUAAUAAAUGUACAAAUGAUUACACAAUGGGAAAUGAUUUGAUAAAGUCCCAAACAUGGAGAUAAACCAUUCCAUAUCUUUUAAGGAAGAAGAAGAAAAAAUGCCUUUUGACUUUGUGCGAAGACAAAAGAAAUUCAAUUAACUUGCACAUCCCUGCUAUUGUUGGAUCUUCGGUCCGGUCGGACUGAGGGUUUACCCAAUUUAAGGCUUUUGAACAGAUAUCAUUUUAAUUAGCCUUUUCAUUCCAAUGCAAUUAUAUAAUAAAGAAUUCACUGCUUAA